GAGAAGCAGGCACAAAGCGGAGCUCCUGCGCCGCCCCCAUUUCUCCUCUCCUCCCAUCCCCCAUCUCUCUCUCUCUCUCUCUCGGUCGCGUUCGCUCUCGCGGAGAUCGGAGAGAAGCGGAGGAGGCCUCAGCCCUAGCGCCGCCCCCCAUCGCCGCAUCAGCCAUGGCGCUGGCCGCUCGCCUCGUCUCGCGCUCCCGUCAGCUAUAUUCGGUUCAAGCAGCUUUUGGAAAUGGAGGUGCCACUCAAGUUCGCUCCUUUGCAGCUCCAGCUGACCGUCCUCCUGUCAGUGGUGAUGAUCUCCUGAAGGGCAUAUUCUUUGAGGUAAAGAAAAAGUUUGAGACAGCUCUUGGUGUCCUUAAAAAGGAAAAGAUCACUAUUGAUCCAGAAGACCCAGCGGCAGUUUCUCGUUAUGCCCAAGUCAUGAAGACUGUAAGGGAAAAGGCAGAUCUUCUUUCUGAUUCUCAAAGGAUUAAAUAUACCAUUGAGACCUUCACCAAGGGCAUCCCUGAUGCACGGACUUACUUGAAUACUCUUCAACAGAUCAGAAUAAAGAGUGGUCUUAUAGAUCAUCUUGGAAUUGAGCCUUUGAUGAUGGAAGCUCUUGAGAAGAUUGAGAAGGACAUUAAGAAACCACUUUUGAGGAGCGACAAGAAGAACAUGGCCACCCUCUUGGCAGAGUUUGACAAGAUUAACAAAAAGCUUGGCAUUCGGAAGGAGGAUCUUCCCAAGAUCGAGGAAGAGCUUGAAUUGGAAAUUGCCAAAAGCGAGCUGAGUGAACUUAAGAAGGAAUGUGUUGAAGCAAUGGAGACUCAACUCAAGAGGGAGGAGUUUCAAGAUGAGGAGAUGCCUGAUGUCAGGAAAUUGGACAUCAGAAACUUCCUGUAGACCUGAUCGACGAUAAUCUUUGAGGCAUUGCAAAUCGCCCAACCUGUGAUUUUUCUUUGGUUUUGGUUUCAAGUUGACCGGUGCUGUAAGCUACACCUAUGAAUGCUGCUUCUUCCCUUUUUGUAAUAAAAAACUGCACCGAGGUACAAAGACAGUCGAGUUGGAUUUCUUCUUGCCUUUCUGUUGCUCUGGACUCUGGUGGCCACAGCAACAAUGAGAUGUCCUUGUGUUAUAGUAGAUGAACAAGAUUAUGAUACGAGGCAUUCAGUCAAAUGAUGAUACAUGGUAUUUAACCGUUAUUUUGAUCUCUUUAA